AGGGACAUUCUUCCAAUCGGGAAACAGGAAGUUCAUUAAAUGGCACGCUCGAAACUUUUGCUCAGUCCAGCUCGUCCAGCUCAGUUGUCGGAGUCGUCGUGGAGAAUAAUUGACAGUAAACACGUCGCGAUCUUUCUACCGGUGGAGUCGACUCGGUCGGCGACGGCGACGAGUUCCCGAUCCGUUUUCUCGUGAGAAUCGUCGAUAACGCGGAAGGAAAAUAGAGAAAUAUCGUAUAGCGCAGGCGCCGAAUCUGACGCUGACGUAAAAGGUACGUCAGCUGUUUUGUUAAGAGGUGCGUGCAUCGGGAAUGGUGUAUUGUUGACUGCACUUCGCAGUUUGUAAGUCUGAUCAUAUAUUUCUUUGUUUAUUUGGUGUGCGAAAUCGUACUAUCGUCAUAGAAAAAAAACAUCCAGCCGCGAGUGAAAUAUCGCUAGGCGUUUAAAGAACGGCUAGCGAAACCGUAGUAUAGAAGCUUAAAACUAUCUGGAAACCCGUUGGAAAUUGAUUCUUCCGAGAAGGGAGCAGUGUUCGCAAAGGCGUCCGUCCGACUGUAGUGUUCUGUGCUACCACUUCAGGAGGUUUGGGACGUUCCGUUUCUCUGGAAGAGACCUCCGGUUCUAACUCCAGAACGGAAAUAUGGCACAAACAACCAGCAGUGCUCUCAGGGCUCUCGCCCUCGAAUAUAAAAGUCUGCAAGAAGAACCCGUCGAAGGAUUCCGCGUGAAACUCGUUAACGAGGACAACAUGUUUGAGUGGGAAGUGGCUAUCUUCGGGCCUCCGGAUACCCUUUACCAAGGAGGAUAUUUUAAGGCACACAUGAAGUUCCCGCCGGAUUAUCCAUACAGUCCACCAAGCAUUCGGUUUAUGACGAAAGUUUGGCACCCGAACGUGUACGAGAACGGAGAUCUGUGCAUAUCGAUCCUACAUCCACCAGUAGACGAUCCACAAAGUGGCGAAUUACCAUGCGAGAGGUGGAAUCCGACACAGAAUGUCAGGACGAUCCUGCUGUCGGUAAUUUCACUGUUGAACGAACCCAACACGUACAGCCCAGCCAAUGUGGAUGCCUCCGUGAUGUAUAGGCGCUGGCGCGACUCCAAGGGUAAAGACAAGGAAUAUGAAAAUAUCAUAAGGAAGCAAGCACAGGCGGCGAAAAUGGAGGCCGAGAAAGAAGGCAUCGUAGUGCCUGUUACGUUGGAGGACUACUGCAUAAAGACUCACGCGAGGCCGGCCGAACAGCAGCUGGACAUGACGGAUUUCUACGAUGACGAGUACGAGUUGGAUGACGACGACGACGACGAACAAAUGAGCGCCAGCGACUACGAGGACGGUGACGACAGUGGCAAUGGGGAGUCGUGAUCCAUUUUUUGAAACGAUUAAAAAAUUAAUAAUAAACACUCGAAACGAAACGCUAAUUAUUAUCAGUUCUGUAUAGAUUAAUAAAUUAACGGGCUUCUAAACCGGAUGCUCUCUCCUUUAAAGACGUGCCACCUGGAACAAAUGUAAAGUAUCUCGCGUACGCGCGUUAAGUAAAUCAAUUUAAGCUCGUCGUUCGAAGUAGGCUCAUUUUUUCUUUCUCCCAUCGAAAAUUGUUCGAUUGCAAGGGACGUCGUGUAUCUCUGAUUCAUCUUAUUUAUUGAUCCUUCAUGGCACGACAAAUUUAAAUAUGCAUUUGGACGUAUAAUAAUUUGUUUCCUACCAAGUAGAAAAUAUGUAUACCAUGGAUUUAGCUGUAUUUUUUGGAUCGAGAUCGUAUCGAGAAUGCCGUGUUUACAAGCUCUUUAAAUUAAGCAAUAUAAACGGUACAAGAAAUAAGUACAUACUUUGUUAGAAGCACUGUGCUUGUUGUGUUGUGGUCGGCACGUCGAUCUUUUUAAACUAGGCAAAAGAAAAAAAGGACCAAUUGAUUUACCUCUCGCGGUAAUCAGCAACGUUCGAUAAAACGAAAUCGUGAACGAAAAGUACAAUUGUUGGGCCGACUCGAGUCUACUUCAUUAUUCGCGCGGCGUAUCUUCGAAUUUAAUCAAUCGGGUAUAUCAAUUGAUCCUUUCGAAUCGACGAUAAAAAUUUAUAUUAAAUAAAAAUGAAGAUGAAAUCUCUUCGUGUUUUGUGUGAAUUAUUUAUGCUAUAAAGCCAAACGUUCGAAAAGGAAUUCAACGUAUGUAUAAGUGAGAGGAAAGGGAAACAAACUGCCAAGGAAGACCUGUUUAAACAUUCUUCGUAGUCGUAAAUUUCGUUUAAGCCGGGUACAUAUAUGCGUAUGUACAUACAUACGCUUGUAUCGUUUACAAACUUUAUUAAUCGUUUUAUUUAGUAUUCUCGUCGGUUGAAGCUCUGAUUACGGUUUUUUUCACGUACGCGUAUCUCCAUAGAUGAAACAAUUGGAAACUCUUAUUUGAAUGCAGCUACGAGGAUUGUCCUUUGCGAACACUGGCGUUAAACAUUUUAGGACAGGUCUUUGGACAGCUUGUUUAAUCGCGGCUUUUCUUAGACGUAGACUAUAUAAUUUAACUUUGCUAUGGACGAUGUUAUCCUCGGCCUCGAACAAUUUUAUCAUUGAACACUAAAUUUGUUUUGUUCUUCUGUCAUCGUAAACGGCGAAGUUCGUUCACGGACUACUGAAUGCGUCGCGCUACAUCCACGAGUUAGUUUAAUUAAAUAACAAUUAUUAAGAUCUCUUGAUGUUAAGUAUUAUCUUUCACACGGGGACAAAACAAGCUUUGUAGGUGAAGUUUAUUAAAACGUAAGAUUUACUAUUUAAGAGGAAGGGAAUAGUGUUCGUCUCGUUGUAUCGUUACGACCGGGUCUGCUGAGGAAAAAUCUUGGGAAAACGAUCACAGCCGUUUCCCCUUCAACCGAGGGCCAGUACGCGUCGUUAGUGUAUUCGGAACGCGCACACGCUUUUCAUACAUCGUUCCCUCGCGGGUGAGAUGACGCGUACUCGCGUGAGCGAAAAUAUACACGGAAGGGAAAAGCGAUAUAAUGAGAGUCCAUUGUACCAGAUACCUAGAAACCCAUUCUGUGGCGGUGUAUCUGUGCUCGUACGACUGAAACUGUAAAUAGUACACGAAACCCAAUCUUGAAAGACAUGAAAUGUGUAAAUGGUACUUGUGUCUUCGUUUCUCCGUUAGUCGUUUUAUUGGAAGACCAAAAUUAAAUGUUGAGAGAAAGCAAAAGUGAUGUUAAGCGGUAACGAAAUAAUAAAAGCAGAGGAAUAUUUAAAUUUCAA